AUGUCCGCAAACAAUAACACCGACUCUAACGAACCCCCCGCAAAGGAGACCUCCGUCGUCCAAUUCAACUCUGCUGUCUUUACUCAUUUGCACAGAUACCCUGUCGUGUCUAAGCUGCUAACUAAAGUGGACUCUCUACCUCUUGUAGGUAGAACCACUGCCUUCCUUGCCAAUGCCGGUUCCAAGUUCCAUCAGAGAUCCCCCGCACCAGUUAAGACAAUCAUCAAUAAGAUCUUGUUGGUGACUAUGGCUCUCGACCAACUGGUUAACCUCUUGGUCUUCAAAGAGGGUAUUGAUGCCUUCUUGACUAGCUACAAGAACCACUCCAACAAGCUGGGCGUAUGGAUUGCAUGGUUCAUCGUCGACUAUUUCGCUAAUAUCUUCAACAUGAUCCUCACGGAAUUCCUCAUCAAACCUUUCCAUUUGAAGGCUAAUGAAAACGCUGCCGCCGUCAAAAACACAGAGGGAAACUUGCCUCAUUUGGCCAAGUUGACUAACACUACCAAGUCUUUAACUACCGAUUUGCAAUCUAAAGUACAAUCAAACUUGCAAUUCGUCCCCUCUAAGGACGAAACGUUGGAAAGAAUCGAUACUUACAUUAAACCAACCUACGAAAUGGGGAGACAAACUUACAAGAUGGUCUCAGAUUCAUACGAGACAAACUUGAGCAAGUCGGAAAGCGUCCCCAGAGCAAUCGUCUCCACGGGGAUCGAUCUAGGUAACUUCACCAUCGAGAAAUUGAAAUCAGUAUCCACUACUGCUACUUCCACAGAGGACAGCACUCCUGUCCCAGAACAACAACCAUUGCAGGCCACUCAAUGA